UUUUCGCUUUCCUGAUCGCUGCAAUUGGUUACUGCUCUUUAUGACGCGUUACGCGUUGUAUGUUUGCUUUCCCUAUUGGUCAAUUAAAAAUGUGGGCCCGAUCUGUAAGAAAUCAAUGUCAUCAACCUCUUUUCAAAAUAGAUAAAUAGAAGCCUUUCUACUCUUUAUACAUCACUUGCAGAUCAACAUACCACUGGGAGUCUUCCUGCAACUUAUCUCACUUUCUUGCGAAAACAGUCUUCAAUAGCUUCGUGGCCUUUCUCCGUGUUCAUAUAUCAAAUAGAUCUUCACAGAAGUGAAGCUGGUAUAGACUCUAUACCAUGGCUGCUUGUAUCUUCUUCCUCCUGAUGCUGAUGGUGUGCCAUUCCUAUGGGCAGACCUGGCCAUCUGGUACCUACGGUCUUCCUAAACCUCUGACUGGAUGCCCAUCUGGCUGGACUGAUGGACGAAGAAAGCAUGAUACUGAAGACAGAAAUCCAAAUAACAACUGGAGUAACCCUCUUAAUCUGGCUGGUUAUCAACAAAGCAGCAGCAUGGAACAUGAAUUCUGCAUCAAGACCUCUACUUCUGGUAGCUCUGGUUGGCCAGCAGGAGAGUACUGCAUCUAUAAAUAUGGAUCUUGUCCAUCAGGAUUCCAGGAGAAAUUUGUUUAUUGGGAUGAUGAAGACAGCGGUAAUGCGAAUACUAGGAGUGGGACUCUGCCCAAUGGUGUGUACGACAAUAACACAAGGUACAAGUUCUGCUGCAGAAAUGACGGUGAUACCUCGCAGGCCAUCUCUCUUCCAACGGGAAACAAUUUCUAUCUUUUCGCCACAAAGGCUACGUGUCAGCAGGUUAAUGGUAUGGCUGUAACACUGGAGUAUUUUUAUUGGGAUAAUGAGGAUUCCAAUAAUGGAGACGAUGAAAGUUCUGGUACCAACACUCCCUAUCCAGGUGUUGUACUUGGGGGAAUAAAGCUGAAUUUCUGCUACUACCAACCUGCAAGUGCCCCGACCUGGCCGUCUGGUACAUACGGUCUUCCUAAACCUCGGACUGGAUGCCCAGCUGGCUGGGUUGAUGGGCGUAGAAAGCAUGAUACUGAAGACACAAAUCCAAAUAACAACUGGAGCGAUCCUCUUCACUUGGCUGGUUAUCAACAAAGCAGCAGCAUGGAACAUGAAUUCUGCAUGAAGACCUCUACUUCUGGGAGUACCAACUGGCCAGCAGGAGACUACUGCAUCUACAAAAAAUUGGCGUGUCCAUCAGGUUUCCAGGAAGGUUACAUUUACUGGGAUGAUGAAGAUAGCGGCAAUGCCAAUACUCAGAGUGGUACUUUGCCCGAUGGGGACUACGACAAUAACACAAAGUACAAGUUCUGCUGCCGAGAUGACGGUGUUGUCUCACAGGCUAUCACCCUCCCUACCACAGAUAACUUUUAUCUCUUUGCAGUGGGGGAUACUUGUCAACAGGUGGCUGGUAAGACAGUGGUCUCAGAAUGGUUCUACUGGGAUAACGAGGAUUCAUCUAAUGCUGAUAGCCAGUAUGGUGCACACCCAUAUCUUGGUGUGACUGCUAGCGGUCAAAACAUCAAGCUAACAUUCUGUUACUACAACUAGCAACAAGCCACCGCCAUGGACACAACACCUGAGCCUGUUUUACCAAGAUGACGACAAAAUAACGAUGAUUAAAGUAUUUGAUUAACUUUUGAUAAUUAGUUUAUGGCCUUUAUUAUUUAUAAAUUUUUUCUCUCUUUUUGAAAAUCGUUUUAAUCAAUGAAUAUAAUCACUUUGGUAUUUCCAUACUACAUCUUCUUGCAUGAGUAAUUUACUUCUUUCUUUUGCUGUAUCUUUAUCAUUCUUUGAAUACAGUAUACACAACUUUAUAUCUCGUAUUUUUUUAUAUUCAUUAAAAGUAACGUCAGAAACAUUUUCUGUUUCGAUUUGAGAAGCUUACAAUUUGACUCGAAUUUGUUCCUUUUAAAGCAUCCGGUAAGGCGUUGCAUAUUCCUUUCAAAUAAAAAUUAUAUUAAUUUAAGACAUUCAAAUUUCGAAUCUAAAAGUACAUCUUUGUAUUCUAAUUUCAAGAUUCAAAUAAGAUGGUAAUGCUUAUAUAGAAAAUUCUACACAUUCAUAUUAAUUUAUAUAACUUCAUACUUUAUUACCCCGGGGUAUUAAUGUUGUUUCUGGUUUCAUUUGUCUAAUGAAUAUUCGUAGUUAUGAUACCACUAAGCCGUCGAAUUUAUAUUCUGCCAUUUAGAGAAUCUGUCCGAUCAAGGCUUAUAUUGUGUAAAACACCUCUUAGGAAAUAUGAUCUGUUCUGUGACGUGUGUACACUUUCUCAUAAUACAUAGUCAUUAUCAAGGAUGAGUGGUAUAUAUUACCCCCCCCCCAUUUUCCUUAUAGUUGGACUGUCUUACAUGUACCUUCUGAAUUGCACACACUCUGACAUUCAAAGCAAAUAAAUUAAGCUCCAACAAAGUAACUGAACUCCUUGAACUACAAUUUAUGCAAAUGGGUGUGGUUGAAAUAUGAUUUGAUAUGUAGGCGAGUGAAUAUUACAUUCACGUUGAGUAAUAAUUUUGAAUGUUAAUCAGGGAGUAGCCUAGAUAGGUCUAUUUGGCUUUUGCUAUUCCCCCACAUCGCAUUCAUUACCCUAUGUAUUUUGUUAUUUUUGUUAAUUUGUCAUUUUACAAUAUUCAUUACUCCUUUACUAUGGAAUCAUUUUGAUUGAUCUCGAUAUAUUGUAUCUUGUAUGUUUUUUACAGAUGUGAAAUAAAUGAAUUUGAAUUUGAAUUUGAAUUUGAUUAUAGCCCGAGUACCCGAAAAAAUAGCCUAAUUUAUUAACGUUAAUUGAUAUUAUUUUCCUGGUGGGCUAAUAUUUUAGCUUGUGAUUUUAAAUAUUUUCUUGGAAUUGGAUUUAAAUAAGGAUAUUGUAAUGCCCAAUUCUGUUUUUAAACAAAUAUGUAUGAAAAGCAGGAUCAUAUAAAAAUUACAUUUGAAAUUCUCUGAUACAUUUCUUUUUAUAUACAUAUUUGAAAAAUACAAUGCUUUGUAGGAUUGGUUGAAGGGUGUAUAUUCUAUGUUAAAAUAAGAAAUAAUAAAAAAAUGCAUUGGUGUCAGGAAUAGAAAUA